AUGUGGUGGAAAACAACGUCUAUCUAUAGGGCUAAGCUCCCGCUCAAAGAGAUGGAGAAUUGGGCCGCAGGAAAGUCUUGUAGGCCCGUUUUCCCGUUACAUAUACAUGUCCACACUCCUGGGUUGAACAUCCAUGAAGCCGAGUCGUUGGUUCAAGCAACACAGCAUGCUCUUGAUGACCUGAACGACUUUUCUGCGCACCAUCUCCGCCUACGACUUGUGAAAACCAAGGAAAGCCCAAGUUCUGAGACUGGUGCAGUCAACGAAGCUGUUGGAGAGCGUUCCUUAGUACUACGGCUUAUCCCGCGUGCAAAUAUUACUGUGAUCUCCUCCAAUGUACACCCUUACUCUGAGCGAUUGGAUAUUUUUUAUCCAUCUAGCCAGGCGCAACCGCAAACCCCCUCUCAUUCACCUCUUACAACGUUUAUUGCAAACGAGCUACGUACGUUAUUCAAUGAGGAGAAGGCCACACUGGAGUAUAUCCUCUCGCAGAGCAAUAGUGUGACCACCUCUUCAAAGCAUGCAGCACAAGGGGCAGUCAACAAGGACCAGAGGGCGAAUGUUCUCAGCUCUGCGAUACAGCUUGAAUCCAUUGCUAGUCGUGUGAAGAAAUCGUUUAAAUACGCAGAAACUUACCAUCUAAGCUUUUCUCUCUUCACACCGGGCCAUGCCCCGUCAUCAUGGGACAUUGAACCAGCGUUAAAAGCAUACCUAUUCCCUCUGCUCAACGUGUUUUCCCCCAUUAGCAAUUUCUCGGUUGAUACCCAAGUGCAAGUCUACGCUAAAUUCUCACCAACCGCAACACCUCCUGAAUAUGAUGAGAGUAAAGCUGCUUGGACCCUCAAGCAGGAUGAUUUGAGCGGGUUCAUCAACGCGGCGGAAUGGCCUCUCAGUCCAAGUAUAGGCGGUGGGCCAACCAUCAACUUCAUUCUUUACGUUCCGUCACCGGCACAAUCACCACUCGUGGUUAAAGAUAAUGCUGCCACAAGCUGGCUUAUCCCUCAGUGGGGAGGGGUAGUCAUCUUAAAUCCUCCAUUAUCCAACAUCUCAGAACUGCAGCACCCAUCUCACCUUUCCCGCGAGGCUUUAAAGCCCGCUAUGGACACGUUUUCACACCAACUCCUUACACUUCUCGGCACUCCUACAUCGUCACCAUCUUUACCACUACGUCUUCAAAGCCUGAUCCGGAUCCAUACCGCAUCGCUCCUCUUGUCGGCAUCAUCUACAAUGGGCUCCCUUGCGCGCCUUACUCUCUCGCUCCCCUCUAUACCAAUCCCCGUUACGGUCGCAAACUCUGUCUCUCACACCCUAUCCCACCUUUCUUCUACCUGUGAAAUGCUACACCAAGGUGCCUUUGAAUCAGCCCUUGCUCACGCUAGAAUUGCUGAAAAGGAAGCUGAACGCAGCUUUUUUGAGAAAAGUAUGGUUGGUCAGGUGUAUUUCCCAGACGAGCAUAAAGUAGCUGUGUAUCUUCCACUUUUAGGACCAAUCGGGGUUCCGUUAGUCCUAGGGCUGAUUAAAGAGAUAAAGAGAAUGUUGCUUGGUUAA